CAGCGCAUCACACCACCGCUUCCUUUAUAGCGCCACCCCACCACCCUCGUCUCUCCCCCCGUCGAGCACACAACACACCCUCCUCGUCCUCCAAUCCAAUCAACCUGGUAGACUCGCUUCGCUUCUCCCCCAGCCGUCGGACGGAGCUCCUCGCAGUCGCAGCAGCCGCCGAUCAGCCUGCGCUCGGGCUCAGCGCUGGAAGGUGUUGGAAGAGAAUAGCCUGAAGGUUCACAGUAACCUUCAUCUGUCGGAAGAUGUAUCGGGCUAAGAGGGCUGCAUUGUCACCGAAGGUGAAGCGCCGCGUCGGCAAGUACGAGCUCGGGCGCACCAUUGGGGAAGGGACCUUCGCCAAGGUCCGGUUUGCUAAGAACACUGAAAACGGGGAACCUGUUGCUAUCAAAAUCCUUGACAAGGAGAAGGUUAAGAGGCACAGAUUGGUUGAGCAGGAACGAGGUGGAGAAUGAAUUUUCUUCCUUGGAUGCUGCCGUGACAGCAUGGGAGCAUAGGAAGAUGUAACUUCAAUUAAGAAACGAUACGUCGAUACUAUACCUGCAUAUUUGCAUGCCAUCGAGAUAUAUCCACAUGGUGGUCUUCCAGUUCAAGUCAUACCUGCACCAACUCAAUUAAGCGUGAAAUUUGUAUCAUGAAAUUAGUAAGGCACCCUAAUGUUGUUCGACUGUUUGAGGUGAUGGGAAGUAAAGCAAGAAUUUUCAUCGUUCUGGAAUAUGUUACCGGCGGAGAGCUUUUCGAAAUCAUUGCUACUAAUGGAAGGUUGAAGGAAGACGAAGCACGUAAAUACUUCCAGCAACUGAUUAAUGCUGUUGAUUACUGCCACAGUAGGGGAGUGUAUCACAGAGACUUGAAGCUCGAGAAUUUGCUGCUUGAUGCUGCAGGAAAUCUCAAAGUUUCUGACUUUGGUUUAAGUGCUUUAACCGAGCAAGUGAAGGCUGAUGGUCUGCUUCAUACAACAUGUGGAACCCCCAAUUAUGUUGCCCCUGAGGUGAUCGAGGAUGGAGGCUAUGAUGGUGCAACUGCAGAUAUUUGGUCUUGCGGAGUAAUCCUCUUUGUUCUUCUUGCUGGAUAUUUACCUUUCGAGGAUGACAACAUCAUCGCCCUAUACAAGAAGAUUUCAGAAGCUCAGUUUAGCUGCCCCUCUUGGUUUUCAGCUGGGGCCAAGAACAUGAUUACCAGAAUUCUUGAUCCCAAUCCUACAACUAGAAUCACGAUUUCUCAGAUACUGGAGCAUCCUUGGUUCAAAAAGGGGUACAAGCCUCCUGUUUUUGACGAGAAAUAUCAAACUAGCUUGGAUGACGUGGAUGCUGCUUUUGGAGAUUCAGAAGACCGGCAUGUGAAAGAGGAAACUGAAGAUCAGCCAACCUCAAUGAAUGCAUUCGAACUGAUUUCUCUAAACCAGGCACUGAAUCUGGAGAAUUUGUUUGAAGCAAAGGAGGAGUAUAAAAGAGAGACAAGAUUCACCUCACAGUGCCCCCCGAAAGAGAUAAUCACAAAGAUCGAAGAAGCUGCAAAGCCGCUUGGCUUUGAUGUUCAGAAGAAAAAAUACAAGAUGCGGAUGGAGAACCCGAAAGCAGGUAGAAAGGGCAAUCUGAAUGUUGCAACUGAGGUUUUCCAAAUAGCCCCAUCCCUGCAUGUAGUCGAGCUCAAGAAGGCGAAGGGGGACACUCUGGAGUUCCAAAAGUUCUACAGAAGCCUGUCGACCCAGCUGAAGGAUGUUGUGUGGAAGUGCGACGGCGAGGUGGACGGCAACAGCGCGGCAGCAUGAAAGUGCCCUUUGAACUUUCCACUGGACGGCGCCGGUUUUCCUUUGUACAUAGCUUCUCUUUCGGAUGAUCCCGUGUCCAUUGCAGAGUCGGUUUUGCAAGCAAGUUCUUUGGUUUAUUUGUAGUAAGCCCGGUGAAACAACCGCCCUGGAGGCUGUUGUGGAUGAGCUUACUGGCGUGUUUAGUUCGUUUCAUGGUCGGGAGGUUGGAUGGAAUGGAAACCACAAUCAAGGCUGUAGUAGUGUGUGUAGUAACGAAGUAGAUACAUGCAUCAGAUGGUGUAAGGGAGUACCAGCUGUUAGUUCAUGGUUUCAAGCUUAGCCCCCCUUCAAUUUGUUCGAUGAUGUAUUACUUCACAAUAAACAUUAUUACUUAGAUGUAUGAGGUGAGCACACUUGGUCUUU